AUGACCAAUUCUGUUUCUGCCAAAUAUUGUUCAAAAAGUGUUGACGAUACUGUGAGAGACUUCGGCACGGACACUCUCAAUGGUCUUUCCAGUCAGCAGGAGAUCACUUAUAGAAGAUCAAUUUACGGUACCAAUGAAUUGACUACGCAAGAGGAAGAAUGGCUGUUGCUAAAGUUUCUUUCUACCUUCUAUACGGAUCCGAUGAUAUUGCUUUUAAUGGGAUCUGCAUUCAUCAGUUUUUACAUGGGAAACAUAGACGAUGGUAUAUCAAUUACGUCUGCCAUUGUCAUUGUGGUGACCGUUGGUUUUAUUCAGGAAUAUCGGUCUGAAAAAUCGUUAGAGGCUUUGAAUCAGCUUGUUCCUGAGAUGGCACAUCUAACCAGGAAUGGUGCUACUGACACCGUGCUAGCUACAACCCUUGUUCCUGGUGAUUUGAUCCAUUUUGCUGUUGGUGACCGGAUUCCUGCUGACGUCAGACUCACAGAGGCUGUUCACUUAAGCAUUGACGAAAGUAAUCUAACUGGUGAGACAAAACCCGUUUCCAAGUUCACAGAUGCAGUUGUUUCUCGGUCUGAAAUGACUGAAAGUCCUGUCAAUGAACGUAAAAAUGUUGCUUUCAUGGGUACCUUGGUUAGAGAUGGCCACGGAAGUGGAAUUGUCAUUGGUACGUCUCGUCAGACUGCCUUUGGCAGUGUUUUUGACAUGAUGUCGACAAUCGAGAAACCCAAAACUCCCUUACAGACUGCCAUGGACAAGUUGGGUAAGGAGCUUUCUGCUUUUAGUUUCAUUGUGAUUUCUAUCAUUGGCUUAGUUGGUGUCUGUCAAGGUCGCUCCUGGCUUGAUGUCUUCCAGGUGUCUGUUUCUUUGGCUGUUGCUGCCAUUCCUGAAGGUUUGCCCAUAAUCGUCGCUGUGACUUUAGCAUUGGGUGUUCUUCGUAUGGCCAGACAAAAGGCUAUCGUUAAGAGAUUACCUAGUGUUGAAACGUUAGGUUCCGUCAACGUUAUUUGUUCCGAUAAAACUGGUACUCUUACCCAGAAUCAUAUGACUGUCAGUAAACUCUGGACAGCGGAUAUGGGUAUGAAUCAUAUGAUCAUUGAUAAGAACAAAAAUUAUUCUUUGGAUAUGACCAAGUCUUUGCAGCUUCUCUUGGCAACAGGAUGCAUGUGCAAUAAUGCCAAAUAUUCCGUGGAAAAGGAGAAAUUUCAGGGUAAUCCAACUGAUAUCGCUCUCAUUGAAUGUCUCGGCUGUUUCGGCUUGGAUGAUAUAAGAUCCACUCGCCAUAGAGUUGACGAACUUCCAUUUAACUCUUCUCGGAAGUAUAUGGCAGUUUCUGUUAAUGACGGUAAUCCCCGUUCAGCUGAAACUUUUGUUAAAGGUGCCGUCGAAAAGAUAUUAUACAUGUGUAAAAGCUAUGUGGCUAAGAAUGGUGAUUCCAAGCCACUCACUGAGAGUAUGAAGAAGCAUAUUAAUGAAAUGGCUGAUAAGUUGGCAGAAGAUGGAUUACGUGUUUUAGCAUUUGCCAAAUCUCAUACGAAUUUUGAUAAAGAGCCUUCUGGUGCUAUUUUUUGCGGUCUUGUUGGUAUGAAUGAUCCACCAAGAGCUUGUGUUAGGGAGUCCAUUGCAUCUCUUAUGCGUGGAGGUGUUCAUGUCAUAAUGAUUACCGGUGAUUCGGAGGCUACGGCUGUGAAUAUCGCUAAAAAGAUUGGAAUGCCACUUACUGAUCCGGAAAGAUGCGUGAUGUCUGGGGAUAAGAUAAAUUCGAUGACCCCGCAGGCACUUUCAGAAGCUAUCAAGUAUGUCUCUGUAUUUGCAAGAACCACUCCGGAGCACAAACUUUCGAUCGUUAAGGCGUUGCAGAUGCGUGGCGACAUCGUGGCUAUGACAGGUGAUGGCGUUAACGAUGCACCUGCUUUGAAACUUGCUGAUAUUGGUAUCGCCAUGGGUAUGAACGGUACCGAUGUGGCAAAAGAGGCUGCUGAUAUGGUUCUUACAGAUGAUGACUUUAGUACAAUUCUAAAUGCCAUAAAAGAAGGCAAAGGUAUCUUUUACAAUAUCCAGAACUUCCUCAGCUUCCAGCUUUCUACUUCUGUGGCUGCUUUAAGUUUGGUUGCUCUUGCUACACUCUUCAAUUUGCCCAAUCCUCUCAACGCUAUGCAGAUUCUUUGGAUUAAUAUCAUUAUGGAUGGACCACCUGCUCAGUCUUUAGGUGUCGAACCUGUUGAUCCAGAGGUUAUGCAGAAGCCCCCAAGAUCUCGUAAUGACAAGAUUUUGACUGCUUCGGUUAUCAAAAAGGUCUUGCAAUCAGCGUCGUUCAUUAUUGUCGGAACUAUGCUUGUGUAUAUCACCGAAAUGUCCGAUUCCAUCACCCGUAGAGAUACCACCAUGACGUUCACUUGUUUUGUCCUGUUUGACAUGUUCAACGCUCUUUCGUGUCGUUCGCAGACGAAAUCCGCUUUUGAAUUGGGCUUCUCUAACAAAAUGUUCAAUUUCGCAGUAGGGGGUUCCAUCUUGGGCCAAAUAUGUGCUCUUUAUAUCCCAUUCUUCCAGGAAAUCUUCCAAACUGAAGCUCUCACUCUUAGAGAUUGGUUCGUUUUGAUUCUUCUAGGAAGUACAGUAUGGAUAGCUGAUGAGUUACGUAAGUAUUAUGUUCGAGAGCAUGGUAGUUACAUUUCAGGAUAUAGCACCUGGGUGUAA